GGAACACCCCGGAUAACUUCGGAGCUCCUUAAAGGAUGUCCUUCUUUUUAAACAUUUUUGUGUGUCUUUAUUGUAAUGAAGUCAUUGCUUGGAUUACCCCGCAGUAGCAUAGGAAGUUUCCAUAGCAACAACGGAGUAGAUCAAGCUUAGCAACAUAUUACCGCUCUCCUCGAUACAAUCAAUCACGAGAGAAUCCAAACUGUGUAUCUAUCCAGAGUAUCGUAUGUAGCAUUGAUACGCUUCUACAAUUGAUUGAGCGAGGGAUAGUAAUGACGGUGAAAGGCAAGUAACAAAAAACUCUACACGGUUCGAAAAAGUAAUGCGAAGCUCGGAUCAAUGCGUCCGCUCAAUGGAGAUAACCGCGAUUAAAGCUUUUGAUCUGUGGGAACCCAAUUUCUGUCGGAGAGUUUCGCUUCAGCAAAGCCGUUAAAACUGCGUACAUAUCCGCCCGGCCGUGUUAUUAUAAUACCUCUAUAUAACUAGACAUGGACUCCGAGGUCGAAAGCGUCAUUAACAAUACCAUUGAAGGCCUCAACCAUGAGCUUCGACAAAUCAGUCUCCAGAUUCACGACAAUCCGGAGCUCGGCAAUCGCGAGUACAAAGCACACAAGCUACUUACUGACUAUCUUGAUAAGCAAGGUUUCAAAGUACAAUGCGAAACAGCAGGUCUGGAAACCGCGUUUAUCGCUGAGUUUUCGAACGGACCUGGUCGUCGUGUUGGCUUUUGUGCUGAGUACGACGCUUUACCUGGAGUUGGACAUGCUUGCGGCCACAACCUCAUAUCGAUUUCUGGCGUUGCAUGUGCUAUGGCUACAAAAACUCUCUUGGAGAAGAACUUAAUUCAAGGAACCGUUGUUCUUUUCGGUACACCUGCCGAAGAAUCCACUUCAGGCAAAAUUGAUUUGGUCACUCAUGGUGAGGUUCAAAAGCGUGUUGACUUUGCUAUGAUGCUUCAUCCUUUUGCCAAUGAUUGUCUUUAUGCGCUGAUGUUGGCAUUGGACUCGGUGGUUGUGGAAUACUUUGGAAAGGCUUCGCAUGCUGGAAUGGCACCAUGGAAUGGUAUCAAUGCUGUGGAUGCUUUGAUGCAAGGUUGGAAUAAUAUGGCGAUGCUUCGCCAGCAGACCUUGACGACGAACAGACUGCAUGGUAUUAUUCUUAACGGCGGCAAAUCCGCGAAUGUAAUUCCUGACUAUGCUUCAGCCAAAUUCUAUGCUCGUUCCGUCACUCGUAAUCAGCUGACCGAGCUCAAGGCAAAACUUGAGCAUUGUUUUGAAGCUGCUGCUAAAGCAACAGGCUGUAAAAUGAAAGUCACGUGGGCUUCAAAGGGUGUUGUUGAAGAUGUAUUUACCAAUGAUGCCAUGAUCUUGGAAUACAAAAAAUACAUGGAGCAAGAAGGGAUCGAUUUUCCUUCGCGUGCUGAAGAAGAACGCACAACAACAGGAAGCACAGAUUUUGGAAACAUAUCAAAUGUAGUUCCUGCGAUCCAUCCUGGCUUUGGUAUUCAUACCACAGCAUCCAACCAUACGAAAGAGUUUACCGAGGCUGCUGGCACUGAGGAGGCUCAUGCGGAUGCUAUCCGUGCAGCUCGUUGUCUCGCAAAGACUGCCGCAACUGUAUUUUUGGAUGAUGCAUUGUAUGAACGUGCUGUUGCUGAUUUCAAGAAAGGCAAGCCCCAAUAAGUUACCUAUUUGUUUUGAAAAAAAAUAAUUGCAUUCCAUCUUUCAUUUGAUAUGAAAAGAACAAAAUGACAUAAACUAUUUAAUGCUUUAAAUGCAUAUGAUAAAAAUGUAACAGCUUAUCUACAUGGUAAUUUCAAACAAUUUAAAGUUUCUUAGUUGUAUGUUACAUACAGCAAAGGACAGCAAGCGUGUAUUAGGCCGACUAUGUUACAGGAUCACAUACUAUGUUCUGUUAGUUCGCCUCCAUCACAACGAUAAAAGGCUUGCUACUUAUAUAAACAAACUCAUACAUAUGAUUCUGGAAUUAUGCGUAACUGUCAUACUUAGCGGACUGAGAGUGUGUAUUGAGUGCUUCUACCUAUUUUAUAUAAAGUUUUAAACCUUG